GAGCCGCCCGCCUCGGAGCGAGGUUGUGCCCGCCCCCGCAUCCCACACUGCCCCGCGACCGGAAGUGGGAGCCGUGGCUUCCGGAACCUCCCCCGCCAUUCGGGACAGUUUUUCUGUCAGGCUGCGGGCGGUUUAGUGUGUCUGCUUGUUAUGGCCGCUGCCGUCGCUAUGGAGACAGAUGAUGCUGGAAAUCGACUUCGUUUUCAGUUGGAGUUGGAAUUUGUGCAGUGUUUAGCCAACCCAAAUUACCUUAAUUUUCUUGCCCAAAGAGGUUACUUCAAAGACAAAGCUUUUGUUAAUUAUCUUAAGUACUUGCUUUACUGGAAAGAACCAGAAUAUGCCAAGUAUCUAAAGUACCCUCAGUGUUUACAUAUGUUAGAACUACUACAAUAUGAACACUUCCGAAAGGAGCUGGUGAAUGCUCAGUGUGCGAAAUUCAUUGAUGAACAGCAAAUUCUACACUGGCAACACUAUUCCCGGAAGCGGAUGCGCCUUCAACAAGCCCUGGCAGAACAGCAACAGCAAAAUAACACAUCAGGAAAAUGAAAACUGGAAACAGACCAGGCUCUUAAAACUGUAUAUAAUGUAUUUCUAUUGUACAGUGAAAACAAAAUGAGAGACUUCUUGCCUACCUUUAUUGUGGUAGCACCUGGA